AUGAACAUAACGCUGAUGUUAUUCUAUUCCCCAUCUAAGGUUUGGUUCGACGUAUACGAGCUUCGUUCCCCGAAUGCCACUCUUCGUGAUGCUCCGUCCCCGAGGGGCGAUUUUGUCUACACACAGGAUGAAGUCAGCGUGAUGUUGGAAGAUCUGCGAGCAAUGAAACUUGUUGGAGUCACAGGAUUUGUCUUUGGUGCUUUGGACAGUACUGGAGCUCUUGAUGAAGUCGUCUGCAAGCGUCUGCUGCAAGCUGCGCGACCGGCUCCAUGUACCCUUCACCGAGCGUUCGAUCUUGCGAAGGAUUGGAGAUCGACUCUAGAUCAGGCCAUCACACUGGGCUUCAAGACCGUCCUCACCAGUGGCCAAGCAGCAACAGCGAUAGCUGGUCGCGACAGACUGAAGAAAAUCAAGAAGGAGGCAGCAGAUCAAAUACGCAUCAUGGCUGGCUCUGGUGUCAAUUCGAAAACACUCCCCACAUUGCUGUCCGACACCGGAUGCUCAUGGUAUCAUGGCUCAGCUUCUGUCCCUGUGGAGCCGAAGGUAAGGUAA